AUGCCGAAAGAACGCAACUACAAUCCAGUACAGGCCCAGCGUAAAGCUGACAAGGCCAAAGCGAUCAAAAAAGGCAAGGCAUCCAUCCAGUCUCAACGUAACGAAAAGCUCGCUCGCCGCAACCCCGAACGAAUCCAAAAACAGAUCGACGACCUCAAAGCGAUAACAACAGGAGGUGGAAAGCUUUCCCGACAUGAAGAGCAAGUCCUCGAAGGACUCGAGAAGGAAUUACGAGCCGUGAAGAAGGCGCGCGAAGCCCUUGGCGACAAUGCCCCAACAUUCAGCCGCGGAUUCCAUCGCGAUGGCGAUUCCUCAGGAGGCGUCUUAGGGAAACGCAGACGAAAUGACGAUGAGUUGACCAGCGACGAAGACGUACCCGAUGACGUAAAGCGCAUCCCUAUGCCGCGAGAUACACCGCCGCCCGUCCCGAAGGAAGUUCUCGACAAGUGGUACUCAAAGCGACGUGCUCGCCGGCAGGCUGAACAGGCUGAGAAAGAAAAGGCGGAGGGCAAGGCGGAAGGCAACGAGAAGAAGCCCGCGACCCCAGCACCAGAGCCGAAGACGGUUUACGAAGCGAAACCAGUUGUUCGCAACUUGCAGAAGGAGGCAGUGUCUGCUUUUGUGCCUACCGCGGUCCGAAUGAAGAUGGACAAGGGUAAGGGCCAGGGAGGCCUGAUGGAGCCCGAGGAAGCAGACAGACUCGAGCGAGAAGGUUACUUGAAACCAGCAACUGCUUCCGAGGACACGGAACCUAGUGGGCCUAAGAAGGUUAUGGUGGAGGAGGUGGAAGACGAUGACGAUAUCAACAUGGGUUGA